GUUCUUCUCAACUUCUGUUUCCCUCCUCAGGUUUGAAGAUGUUUCUCAUCACUUGCUUCGUCUUUGGCCUUUUGGGCAGCCUUACCUGGGCAGCAGGUCCGCGUGGUCGGAGUAUCUGUCCUUCUGGCACCUUUGCCUAUAAAGACGGAAGUGAGUGGAAUUGCUUCAAGUUCUAUGAAGAUCGGUUCACCUUUGAAGAUGCUGAGCAAGAGUGUCAGUUCAGAUGGAAAGGCCAUUUAGCAUCUUUCAAAUCUGACAAGCAGACAAAAUCCGUUGGUGCCUAUGUCAGUAAAGAAAGCAUAGAACGUGGUUGUGUCUGGAUUGGGCUCCGACGAGAUGCAGGUUCUAGUGCGUGUUCUGGAUGGCGCUGGGUUGAUGGAUCACGAGAUACCUAUAGAAAGUGGGGGUAUAAUGAACCCAACAACUUGCAUUAUAAUGAGUAUUGCACCUGUCUCCAUCCUUCAUCUGGGUUCUUGACUUGGAUUGAUAUAGACUGUAACAACCGUCUGAAUUUUCUCUGCAAAUGGAAACCCUCUUAAGCCAAGUCUGCAGAUGGAGUUGGGGGGCUCCCCAUUGAUUGGAAAGCUGAGCUGAGAUCUUGUGUUUCCAUCUUCUUCAUGUGCAAAACCUCUUUUCCACAAAGACCAUCUGAAGGUCAAGCAGUUGGUUCCUCUCUGUCCUCUAGACUUGCUUCUCUUCCCCUCUUUCUGAAGAACUUGCCCCCCCCUUGAUAAUAAAGUCUAUUGCUCUGC